CACGAGCUAUAUAAGCUACUGAGUUGGCUGCAGAUGAACAUUAUCGCUCAAGAGCUUUAGACAAACCCAACCCACCACCAGCAAAAUGUACAAGUUUUUGGUUCUCGCUGCCCUCAUUGCCUGCUCUGCGGCCAAGCCCGGAGUUGUGGCCCCAUUGGCUGCUCCUCUGGCCUACGCCAACGCUCCGCUGUACGCCGCCGGUGGCAGCAGCCAGGUGGAUGUCCGCAACAACUACGACGGCACCCUGUCCUCCUACACCACGGCUCCCUUCGAGUUCACCGCCCCCUACUCCAGCCGCUAUGUGUCCGGGAUCCCAGCUGCUCCCGCCGUAGUGGCCAAGUACGCCGCUGCUCCCCUGGCUGCUGCUCCUUUGGCUGCUGCUCCUUUGGCUGCUGCUCCUUAUGCCGCUCCCUAUGCCGCCGCCGCCUACUCCGCCUAUCCCUACGCCUCGCCCUACGCUGCUCCCUAUCUGGCAUCUCCCUACGCCGCUCCUUACGCAGCUCCCUUCGCCGCCGCUGCCCCAGCUCCAGUGGUGGUCGAGCACAUCGAUCGCGAAGCUAAUCCCCAAAAGAAACCAAACAACAAAACCCCCAAGCAAGAUGUGGCAACUGACAUGGUGGGUGGUGAGGCCAAGCCCUCGCAGUUUUAUAACCAUCACUUUAACCACUUUGAUCCUCAUCAUGCGAGCCACUUUGAUGGGCACCAUCUGAACCACUUGGAUACCCUACAUGCUCUGCCGCACCAUUUGGAUUACGCGGUGCAGGAGGCAGUUCUUCCGCCGCCGGCUCCUUUGCUUCCUGCGGUGGCUCCACCACCAGCAUUUGCUCCUGCCCCGCCGGCUUACGGUCCUGCACCACCUGUUUAUGGACCAGCACCACCCGUAUUUGCUCCUGCUCCACUUUUGCCAGCUCCUGCUCCUCUGUUACCCGCUCCAGCACCACUUCUACCCGCUCCAGCACCACUUCUACCAGCAUCAGCACCAUUUUUACCUGCACCAGCUCCGCUUUUACCCGCUCCUGCACCUGCUUUCCUCCCAGCUGCUGCACCACUUCUGCCAGAGUUCCAUGUGCCCACCGUCACCCACCAAGUGCUGCCACCCAUCCUGGAGGCGGUGCCCUUUGCACCCACCUAUCGAGCCAUUCCUGGACCCAAGACCACCACCCACCGCGUGUCCGUUGGAAAGUCUUCCAAGGUGUUUUCGUAUGCUUGUCCAUGGAUAAUCCAUGGGCUACAGAAUUAUAAAAGCGUUGCUCACUCGCCAGUUGGAUAUCACAGUUCAGUCUGCCCUCCAGCUAAUCACAGCCAGCCACACAUCCUUAAUCCAAGCAAAAUGUUCGCCAAGAUUGUGCUCGUUGCCCUCUGCGUGGCCUCUGCCCAGGCUGGUCUCCUGCCCUUCCAUGCUCCUGCUCCUCUAGCUGCUCCUCUGGGUACUCCCUUCGCUGCUCCAUUUGCGGCUCCUCUGGCUGCUCCCGUGGCUGCUCCUGUGGCUGCUCCUGUGGCCACUGCUGGAGUGGUGGCUCCCUAUGCCUCCAGCUUCAAUGCCCACCGCAUCAACCAUGCCGUGGCCUACCCAGUGGCUCCAGCUCCAGCUCCAGUGGCCUUUGCCGCUCCCGUUCCCGCUCCUCUGCCCGUUCCCGUGGCUGCUCCUGCUCCAGUGGCCUUUGCUGCUCCUGCUCCCGCUCCUGUGGCCUUUGCUGGCCCCCUUCCCGUUCCCGCUCCUCUGCCAGUGGCUGCUCCUGCUCCUGUGGCCUUUGCCGCCCCCGCCAAGGUUGGAUUCGGUCUGCCCGCCUACGCCGCCGCCCCCGCUCCCCUCGGAUUCGCCCCUGCUUCGGCGCCAGUGGCCUUCGCCGCCCCCGCCAAGUUUGGAUUCGGACCCUUUGCUGCCCCCCUGGCAGCUCCAGUGCCAGCGCCUCUGGCUGUGGCCCCCAAGUUCGCCCCCGCCCCCUACUUCUUCUAAGGAACUAAGGCUCACCGGAUCACCCAACUCACUCCCAUCCGUCCUAUUAGCUUGUAGAACUUAGCCCAAAUCUUCAUACCUAGAGAGCAGCAAUGCUUGGCGAAUAAACAAUUAAAUCAUUAAUCAAU